GCGCCAGUCUUUCACAUCUCGCGGAAUUUGCUCGUCUUCACAUACGUGGCUUUUCCUUAGCUUUUCCAUCCGGCUAGAGAGAAUUCAGUUAGCUGCCAUCAUCAUGGAAUUGGAGGCCAUGACCAGAUACACAAGCCCAGUGAACCCGGCUGUCUUUCCCCACCUCACUGUGGUGCUACUCGCCAUUGGCAUGUUUUUCACAGCGUGGUUCUUUGUGUAUGAGGUAACGUCCACAAAAUAUACACGAGAUGUAUACAAAGAGCUCCUGAUCUCACUGGUUGCAUCACUGUUCAUGGGCUUUGGUGUUCUCUUUCUGUUACUUUGGGUUGGAAUAUAUGUCUGAAGGUUGCAGAUGGUGAGGAACAUUCCAGCAGCUCUGGACACCCACAGUGGUUUGAGCUGUGAUGCACAUAGCAAUGGAUUUGGACAGGCAGGAGGUUGGAACGGACUGGGGCCGAAUUAACAAAUAAAACAGAUUUUGUAUUUAAAAAAAAACCAAAAAAACAUUUCAUUAUUCAAGGUAAUAUAAUUGUCUGGUAUUGCAGAAUGUGUUUAGGAUUAGUCUUGACCUAAAUUACACUAUAUCUUUUGCUUAAAGUUGUCCUUAGUCUAGAACCAGGCUUAAUUUGUAUCCCAAAAUAUAAACCCAGAUUUCUAUAAACUAGAUAACUGAACUUGUUGGGUGUCGGGCAAGUGGAAGGUAUCUUAAUAAUUAGUUUAACUACUUUUUAUAUUUGUUUUUUGUUAGGUUUUUAAUUUUCUCAUUUACAGAAUUCUAGUACUGGCCCCAUAUGGUCUAAUACAGCUGGGAUUAUCUCUAAUAGACUAUACACAAGUUUGUCUAAUCAAGGUAUAAAAACAUCUUGGUGCUCUGUAUUAUGUCCUAGUAGUACAGUAUAAAACUUCACAAUUCCCAUGCCUAUACUUUUCUUAAAUGACCGUUCUCAAUCCUCUCCCCAGCCAAACUGUUCUGCUGCACUUCUAACAUACCUAGUGAGAGGACCAAUGGCUCAUGCAUGAUUACCUGGCAAUAUGUUAAAGAGUUAGAACACAGCAAAAAAUUGCAAUGGUUGGGGCCCCUUUUAGGAUUGGAUUGAGAAUAUCUGGUUUCGGACAGAUAUCGUGGACUGUAAUUCUGGAACAGUUUAGAUCAUGAUUUACAUGCUCAGAGUCACUGGGUGUGCUGGAUGAGUACGUGAAACACUGGGCUAGCUGUUUAUAUGCAUCUGGUAGGCUGUUUGUGGUGCCUAAACCCCCUAAUCCAAACUUAAUAUCAUGGAUAAGAAUAACGCAGUCUGCCUCUCAGGGCCAUGGCAUGUAACAAAAAUGUGUGCACAUAAAGAUGCAAGCUUCUGGUUCA